AUGCCACUUAGUGAUCCUGGAAGGUAUGGGUUGCUGGUUGGAAAGUUGAAUUAUCUCAUCGUGACUAGACCUGACAUCUCUUUUGCUGUGAGUGCUGCAAUUGUUCGCAUUUUGCGAUAUAUAAAGUCAGCUCUAGGUAAAGGACUACUCUUCGAGGAUCGAGGCCAUGAGCAUAUCAUUGGAUAUACAGACGUUGAUUGGGCAAUAUCACCCUUUGAUAGACGUUCUACAUCUGGAUAUUGUGUUUUAGCAGGAGGUAAUUUGGUGCAGUGUUCAGGGAAGCGUGAAGCGGAAAAAAAGGAUAAGGCCCCGCUUCACGCUUUAAGCGAUGAAGCGCUCGCUUUAAGCGAUGAAGCACUCACAUACUCAUUCUAUGUGGUUGCUCGAUCAAGUGCAAAAGCAGAAUGUCGAGCAAUGGCUGUAGCAACUUGUGAGCUAGUUUUGAUCAAACAGUUGCUGAGAGAACUAAAAUUUGGAGAAAUCUAUUAG